AUGAAUAAUUUAUACGUUCGAAUAUCUCUUAUAUGUGGUGCUUUGUCAACCUCUUAUUUUGUGAAUUAGUAUUUUGAAGAGACCUACUUUCGUAGACUCCGAUUCAUCAGAAAACUAGCAAGAACCUAUUUUAAGAAAGAUGAUGGAACAGAAUUGUUCGAUGAUUAAAUUAUUGGUAAUGUUGUUGCAAGAAGUGAUGGAAUGCAUCUUCAUUUUGGUAACAUGAAACAAUAUGUUGCCUAAAAGUUUUGUACUCCUACAGCAAUCAUUUAUGUUUAAAAAGUUGAAGCUAUCAAAAAAAUAGUAUAAAAAGCUGCUAAAUAUGGAUUUAAAGUUACUACUAUGGAUGUUGAUAGUAUUGAAGACUAUAAAUAAUAGCUAUAAAAUAAUCUUAAUUUAUCUUAAAAAGAAAUCAAAAGACUUACUUAUUGUAAAUAUCCUUUUUUGAUCAUUAAUCUUAGGAAAGUUUAACAUAAAGAAUAUGAUUCAUAAACUUAAAUUGUAAAAGUAGGAGUAGGAAAUCGAAUAUAAGAUGUGAAUUAAUUCUUGGCAUAAUAUGGUAGAAGAAUUCCAUUAUCUGGUUAAUAAAGACUAUUUACAGUAUUAAGUGACAAUUCUACUCCCUUAGAUUCUAUAGAAUAUGAUAAUCUUAAUUAAAUUGUUACUGGUUUGGUUGCUAUUUCACCAACCUCUCAUUAACUAUAAACUGAAACACCUACAGCUUCUCCUAUAAUCAAUUAAUUGUUUAUUGGGUAAUAACAUAGAUUUGGAAUUGUAUAUGAAGUUUCUCUUAAAACUGAAUCUUUAGAAUUACCUGUUAAAUAAGAGAUUAAUUUAGAUAAAAGAUACAUUAGUAAAACUAAUUUAUACUAUCUAUUUGAUUCAUUAAUUAAAUUAUCUUAAUAACAUAGACAAAAAGUAAUAAUUUUUAAUAAAUUGAUUAGAUUUAAUUUCUUUAUGAUUGUUAUUCAAAUUAAUAUAAAAUUAUCUAAUAAGGAACAUAAAAUCUUCCAGAUUUGAAAUAAACAUUGGAUAAUGUAGUUGAUAAAUAUGUCACUCGAUAAUUGUGGAAUCAAAAUAAUAAUAAUAAUAAUAAUAAUAAUAAUAAUAAUAAUAAAUAGAUAAAUAAUAUUAAUUUAAAUGAAGAAUUAUCUUUACAAUUAAAAUAUUAAUUAUCUUCCUCCCAAUUAUUAUCAUGUCUGUUACAACUCAAAGAAUUAUAACUUAAAUAAUAAUAAAAAUAAUUUUAAGUUCAAGUUGAUUUCAAAACUGGAUUUCUAACAGUCAAUAUUAAUAAUCAUUUACCAUCAAAUGAAAAAUUAUAAAUGGUCAAAUCUUUUACACAUUAUAUAAGUAAUAGAAAAGGUAAAUUUAUUUAAUGUAAUGAUAAAUUAAUUAACAGAAUGCUUAAAUUAGAAACUUAUCCUAUGGAAUUAGGAUUAAAUUCUAUGAGAUUGGAACAUUAAUUUGCUGAAUUAUUAGAUAAAAAUAAAGUAAUGUUUCAUGAGUUUUUAUAACAUACUGAGUUAGAUGAACAAAUUAGUUGA